AUGCACAAAUCACCUCUUGAUAAUCCAUCUCUGAAUACUCCCUCAACAGGCUCAGCCUCAGGUCAAGAACGUCAAAGGAGGUUACUCAUUAGCGGUUCCCAACCGACAGCCCAUCAACCUGUGGGAAUGCAACAAACGAAUGUACCGAUUCAAGCAAUACGUCCAAAUAUACAACAAGGACCUAACACCCAGCAAAGUCCUUUACAACAGGGAAGUCUUAACUUCCCUCAAAGCCCAGACCAAAUGUCGCCGUUAAUAUCAGGUCAUGGAUUGGUUUAUAAUACACAUGUGCCUAAUCCCAAUAUUCCAACUAGAAUAACACCAAUGUCACGUCAUUCUCCUAGUCCACACAUGAAGCAUACUCCUCAACAACCUCAAGCGAUUAUGCCAAAUUCGGGAAAUAUGACAAUGCAAAGUGUGUCUAGUCAUCAAAUCGGUUUAACAUCAUCUCCCAGAGGUCCUCAAAGUGGACAACCAGGAGGAGUAAUGCAACAAGCAGUUACCACACCUCAAGUAGUUCCUAUAAUGAACCCAUCACAAAUAUAUGCUCUCGAUUCAACGGUAACUUACAGAACUUUAGUUAACACGUCCCCCACUUUAGUCGCUAGACCUCCUAUAGGAAUGAAUAUUAAUACACAACAACAAAAUUUUGAAAGUGAUACGAAUGCACCGUCUAUUCAACAUAAUUUUAAUACAUCGCUACUUCAUAAUUCUCAACCAAAUACAUUGAUGUUACCAUCAGCGCGUAUGACAACUUCCACCGUACAAACCGAUUUGUCAUCUAAUUCAAAUCGACAGGCUCGUCCUUUACAAAUGACCUUACCAAUUUCCAUGCAAGAUACUGGUCCACAAUCAAGACAACCUGUGUUAUCAACUACUAUGCCCUCGGGAUCAACCCCACAAACAAUAUCCUCAACUAUCCCUCAUUUAUCAAUGCAACGUGAACGAUCACACCAAGGUGCUCCUUCUAAACCAAUGUCGCACGCACUUAUACUUCCGGCUGAGCCUCAUCGCAAUAUAAACGAAACUAAUUCUACACAUGUACAAACUUCUCUUAGUCAAUCAUCAUCACAUCUAUCAAAUCGCAAUA